AUGGUCCGGGGGGCUCUCUGUGCGCUGCUGCUGGCCCUGCGCUGCAGCUCGGGGCGGGCAGGGGAGUUCUGCCACGGCUGGGCUGGCAGCCCCCAGCGCUGGCACCGCGGCUUCCAGUGCCCCGAGCGCUACGAUGGACCCGAGGCCACGCUGUGCUGCGGGACCUGCAGCCUGCGCUACUGCUGCUCGUCCAGAGAGGCGCGCCUGGAGCAGGCUCGGUGCCCCGGUGAGCACCCGCAGCCCAGCCCCAGGCCUCCGGUGCCAGUGCCUGUGUACCUGCCAUUCCUUCUUGUUGGGUCCGUGUUUGUGGCAUUUGUUGUUGGUGGAGCCUGCAUUGGAAUUUGCUGCUGCAAAUGCUUAAAAUCCCAGGAUGAGGAGCAGCAAAGUGGACUUGCACCUGGCCAGACCUGGCUACUCCAACCUGAUCUUCCCUCUCGCCUCUCCAGUUCCAGUUCUGCCACCAGAAGCUCACCAAGUAAUGAUGCUCAGAGCAGCAGCAUCUGCAUGACUCUGGCUCCAUCCCUACCUCCAUCCCUGCCCAUUCUUGGGCUGCCUGAAGAUGCUCGGUUCCUAAGUCCCCCACCUGGCAGUGGACAACUCUUGCAACCUUCAUGUGCUAUGCACAGAAUACCCACUGAUCACACUGCAGCAAUGGCUCCAGCAUCCUUCCUUAAAAGAACAAUCUAUGGGCACAGUGCUAGUGCAUCUCCUCUUGGGGUAACACAGAGUGACCAAAUGAUGUACUUAGGAGCACAUGUCUGA